ACCCGGAGCAGACACUUGGAGCAGAGACUUGUGAAGACCCUGCGCUGUGUCCCAGCCUUGGAUUAGUGCCAGGGACUGGGGACAUGGAAGGAGACACUUGAAACAGAUGUGGGUGAGAGACCCAUGGGAGUGGAUACCAGGACUUAUUUAGAGCAGAUAGGUUUGGGGGUUCUGGGGUGUCCCUCACCCUGGCCUAUCACAAAACAGGGGAGUGAAGAGCACAAGGAGUUAUGGUGAUGGAUCACAGGGGCCAGACUUUUCUUCCUGUUAUUCCAAAUACCCAGCGAAGUCAGCUAGAAGACAGACUGAACAACCAGGAGCGCACCAUCGCUUUUCUGCUUGAGCAAGCCUUCCGCAUUAAGGAGGACAUCUCCGCUUGUCUUCAGGGGGCUCAUGGCUUUCGAAAGGAGGAGUCACUUGCCAGGAAGCUGCUGGAAAGCCACAUCCAGACGAUCACCAGUAUCGUCAAGAAGCUCAGCCAAAACAUUGAGAUUUUAGAAGACCAAAUUAGAGUUCGAGACCAGGUGGCCACGGGAACUAACUACGCAGUACAGGAACUAAACACCAAACACUCUCAAGGAGUUGGAGACCUACGGGGAAGAGUAGCCAGAUGUGAUUCCAGCAUUGUGAAGCUUUCUGGAGACAUUUAUUUCAUCAGGCAUGAGCAUCGGCGAGUUGAAAAAACAAUUCAAGAGCUCUUGUCUGCCCUAGAAACUGUUUCUAAGAACUUGGAUAUGAAGGUAACGCAGCUCUUAGGAAAGAUAGAGGCUUCCAGUUCUGAGCAAGCCUCAAAUAUAAAGAUGGUCCAGGGAGAUUAUCGCCAUGAAAUAAACCUUUUGGAAUUCAAAUUUAAUUCACUUUCAAAUAAUCUGUGUGAGGAAGCUGAAAACCUUCAAAAAUGGACAGAAAAUCGCUUCAUCAAAUAUGAAAAAGACCACCUCGACCAUAUAAAUCAGUGUCUGAAACUCCUUCAGGAGAAGCUGGAAAAAUCUGAAAAUAAAAUGGAAGAAAAAUUACAGAAACUAUCAAGCAAAUUAGAGAAUUUCAUAAAUAUACAGAAACAGGAAGCAGAACUAAAUAAAGCAAAGCACAUAGAAAACAAACUGUCCAAAAAGAUGAACCAACUGGAAAACCUCAUCUGGGGUGAAUUAGAGAAAAUGCAGAAUGAAUAUCAAUCAGGAUUCAAAUCGAUUCAUGACUCCCUCAACUCCCUCCAACAAAUUCAGAAAACAAAGAUGGACUUAGAGAAACAUAAAGUACAGAAAAACCUAAAGAAAUUACAGCGUAAAAUAGUGGAACUCCAGGAAGUAUGAAACUUUUCGGUCAUCAUUUUCACCAGCCAAAACAGUGGUCUCUUGAUAAAAACUGGGAAGAAGUUCCUAUCUCUGGCGUGUUUACUGUUUCUGUCUCUUUAUUUCUUAC